UGGGGUUGGGUUGAGAAGAUGAACCACGUGGGCAGCCCUGUGAAAGCUUAUGACUUCUUGCUAAAAUUCCUCCUGGUGGGGGACAGUGACGUGGGCAAAGGAGAGAUACUAGCUAGCCUAGAAGAUGGAGCCACCGAAUCUCCAUAUGGAUACAACAUGGGUAUUGAUUACAAGACAACAACAAUACUUCUCGAUGGUCGCCGAAUAAAGCUGCAGCUUUGGGACACAUCUGGACAAGGCAGAUUCUGUACCAUAUUUCGUUCCUAUUCCAGAGGUGCUCAGGGUGUGAUACUGGUAUAUGAUAUAACAAAUCGCUGGUCAUUUGAUGGCAUUGAUCGAUGGAUAAAGGAGAUAGAUGAGCAUGCUCCUGGUGUACCCAAAAUCCUGGUUGGUAACCGCCUGCAUCUAGCCUUCAAACGGCAAGUGUCUACUGAGCAGGCACAGGCAUAUGCUGAAAGAUUAGGCAUGACAUUCUUUGAAGUAAGUCCGCUCUGCAAUUUCAACAUCACAGAGUCCUUUACUGAACUUGCAAGAAUAGUGUUGAUGAGACACGGAAUGGACCGGCUGUGGAGGCCAAACAAGGUCCUGAGCCUGCAGGAUCUUUGUUGCCGUGCCAUAGUUUCCUGCACUCCUGUGCACCUGGUUGACAAACUUCCACUCCCUGUUGCCUUAAGAAGCCAUCUCAAGUCAUUCUCCAUGGCCAGUGGCCUGAAUGCUAGAAUGAUGCAUGGUCGUUCUUACUCUCUUACUGCCAGCAACAAGAACAAAAGGAACAGUCUGAAAAAAGCCAAAAUCAUCCGACCACUUCAGAGCCCUCCAAAGCCCUGUACCAGAAAUAGUUGUAAAAUCUCCUAAACCUGUCUUCAGAAAUCUUUGCAUUGCUAACGCAAGGACUAACCAAGUAGCCAAAUCUGUUGUAUGUAUUGCUUUGCAGGAACAGAACAAAAGAAAAAAUAUUUUAGAUCAGUUGUUUUUAAUAAUGCUGCUUCCAGAUAUAUGAUGCACUCUGUGCACACAGAGGAAUGUGAAACUUUAAUGUUGGAUUUUAUAUAUAUAUCAAUUUUUUGAUGUGCAUGAAAUCUUUGUGUAUUUUAUAAAGGGAAUAAUUUAUCACAAUCCUGAGCUUUUGUGUCACUGAAUCUCAGAAGUGACUAAUUUUUAAUUCUUAAUAUUGUUCAAUUACUACAUCUUAUUUGCAAUUAAAAUGAAAGUCAAUCUGUAGAUUCACCCAGAGUUUUUAACAACAAUGUAUUGUAUACAUUGUAAAAGAUAUAAGUAGUGAAAUUAUUCUAGUAUUGUUUCAGUAGACCAUCUGAUUCUGGUUUUGUACAGUUUACUGAGUGAUUCUGAAGCACGACUUUGAGCUACUAAUGUAAUAUGCACAAGAUUUUGUCUCAUCCAUGUAUAAAACAUUUGAUAAAGUUUUUGCUAUGUUUCAGAAUUAAAUUGUGGAUUAUAUGCUUAUUUUUCUGGUAAAUCUACAUUUUUGUAUUAGAUAUUCUAGUGAUCGUUAUAUAGUGAAAAAGCCAAAGAUAUCGAGACAUAUUUGCUAUAGCCUAAGAAAAAUGUGAUUUGAAAAGCUGCUUUAUCAGGAAAGGACACUAUUAUUUAAAAAUAAAGAUAAAUCCUGCAAA